AUGCUUACAAUAACGUUUGCAAGGAGCAGUGGACCUGGAGGACAGAAUGUCAACAAGUUGAACACCAAAGUUGAUAUGAGAUUUGCAGUUGAUCAGGCAUACUGGAUACCCGAAUAUGCAAAAAGCAAACUUCUUGUUCAACAAGCGAACCAUGUCAACAAGAAAGGCGAGAUUGUAUUCACUUCAGAUAAGACACGUUCGCAACAGAAGAAUAUCGAGGAUUGUAUUGAUAAGUUACACACGGCGAUUGUGAAUGCGGCAAAGGUGCCUAAAGCACCGAGUGAGGAACAAUUGCAAAAGAUUGAGGAUUUUAAAAAGGCGGAAAAUAGACGAAGGAAAGAGGGAAAACAAAAGAGAUCUGCGGCAAAGGCUCAGCGAAAGUGGAGAGACGAUUAA